AUGAAGUACCUUAUGCGAUGGACGCAGCACUACGGCGGCAUGUGGAUGUCAUUUUUUAUCAUUCUGCACGUGUUACAAGUAGUUAAGACGACAAAGAUGGUCAGGCUCGCGUCCGUUGCUGUGUUGUCUGUGUUAGCUCUAUCAAUCGCUACGGGGGAUACGUGCAGUAAUGCUAACGGCAACAGUUGCGGAGACGCUACCGCUGCGUACUGCUGUCAGGAGAACCUCUACUGUAUGCCUUGGAGCUCGGAUUACUACCAGUGCCUUCCGCUGCCUGGUCAGUGCGGACGGCAAUUCACCAACUACGACUUUAACGGAGGCGACAUCAAGACGAUCUACGGUCUCCAGCCGGGUGAUUGCUGUGCGGCGUGCCUGGCGACGGCUGGUUGUCUCGCCUAUACUUUCAUGAACAGCUACCCUGGGACAACCGCUUGCUAUUUAAAGGCGGGUAUGGGAACCCCGCAAGUGGCCUCUGGAUUCGUUUCAGCCGUCGUCGAUAGCUACACCAGCGAUCAGGACAGGACUCCAAAGCUGCUCCGGUUUCUCGCUGAGAUCAAGAAUACCAGCAACAUGCCAAUGGUCUAG